AUGUUACGCUAUCUCUGGCUACCGCUACUCCCCGUCUUCUGGUAUCUCUUGUCCAACAAUUUCAGCAAUAUGUCGGACCGAGCUAUGGACUGGCUCCAAGAUAAGGCGCUCGGCUGGAUAGAUGCGCCUCCGGUCAACAAGGUAGACACUCACCACCAUUUUGUGCCAGAAUUCUAUGCCAAAGCUAUCGAAGAUGCAGGAGGGGACCCCAGCGGCUGGCCCACGCCAUCGUGGACACCCCUACGGAGCAAGCUCCUGAUGAAACGUCUCGGGGUUCAGACUGCCAUCCUCUCGGCUACUGCGCCCGGUGCCUGUAUCCUCAAGGGACAAGCGUCCUUCGACCUAGCGCGGAAACUCAAUGAAUACGCGGCCGACCUGCGCGACAAGGAGCCCCAGCAUGUCGGGUUCUUUGCCGCUCUCCCCAGCCUCCUGGACACAGAUGCGGCCUUGGCCGAGAUCACUUAUGGUCUCGAUACGCUGCAUGCAGACGGCGUUACGGUCUUCACCCGCUACGGCGACAACCAUACUUACCUGGGCCAUCCCUCACUCGAGCCCAUCUGGGCCGAGCUCAACCGCCGUCGCUGUGUCGUGUUCGUGCACCCAACUCACCCGGUCGAUACGACCAUGAUGAACCCCAAGCUGCCCCAGCCGGCGCUGGAUUACCCGCACGAGACCACGCGCGCCGCCAUGGACAUGAUCUUAUCCGGCACCAAGGGCAAGUUUCCGGAUUGCAAGGUUAUCUUAUCGCAUGCGGGUGGUACCCUGCCAUACUUGGUGAGUCGCGUUGCCACGCCGAUGCGUAAGGCGCCCGGGUUUGUGGUGGAGAAUCGCAUGGGCACGACGCACGAGAAAGUCAUGGAAGACUUCCGGAGCUUUUAUUUUGAUCUGGCGCUGUCGGCGUCGCCCCAUGUGUUGGACAUGAUGCUCAAGACCAUCCCACAUGAUCAUAUCUUCUAUGGGAGCGACUUUCCUUAUGCGCCCAUCACGGCUUACCCGGCUUUUUUGGAGGAGCUGGAGGGAUAUGAAAUGAGCCAGGAGCUGAGAGACAAGAUAAAUUUUGGGAAUGCAAUCCAGUUGAUCCCUCGGUUGACAGGAUAA